GCAGUUCUCCGUCCACUGGGUGCCGACGACCAAUAGUGUGAAGGCCCCCCCUCUCAUGGCGGUUACGUCACUCCGGGGCCCGGGGAGUUUGGGCUUGGGAUAUAAACGAGUUUUCUAUGCAGAUGGAGUCUUGUCCUCCAUAACUGACUUCAGAGGACAUUAAAAGAGUUGGCGGAGUCUACGCCCUCAUGAGAGGGGAGGGGGGGUGUCACUGAGGCUCAGGGAGCCACACAGCGUCUUCUCCAGUUCUCGACACACAGAGCUCCUGCAGUUGCGUUUCAGGCGACCUUGAACUCUGAGUGACUCUUGGCCUGUUAUGAGUUCCUGCCUGCAGGAAGCACCAUGGCCCAUGUUGCCUUGAUUCCUGGCUUGUCUCGAGGUUCUGUGGGAGCCAUCUACACUCAGGCUGCUUUGUGGGGAUUGAAGGCCAGCACUUUUCGUCACCUUACCCUAGCCAGCAUAAUGAAAUCCAGAAGAAAAACAGACCACCUAGAGAGAACCGCCAGCGUCCUCCGCCGGGAGGUCAUGGCUGCAGCUAAGGUGUGUGAAAUCACUCACGAGUCUCCAUCAGUGAAGAGCCUCCGUUUGCUUGUUGCUGAUAAAGACUUUUCCUUUAAGGCUGGCCAGUGGGUUGAUUUCUUCAUCCCAGGAGUCUCAGUGGUUGGUGGUUUUUCAAUUUGCUCCAGUCCCCAACAGCUAGAACGAGACAGAAUAAUAGAAUUGGCAGUGAAAUAUACGGACCACCCUCCUGCUGUCUGGGUUCACAAUAAGUGCACACUUGACUCUGAAGUGGCUCUCAGAGUAGGUGGAGAGUUCUUCUUCGACCCUCAGCCCACAGAUGCCCCUCGAAACCUCGUCUUGAUUGCUGGAGGGGUCGGGAUUAACCCCCUGCUUUCUAUCCUGCGCCACUGGGCAGAUCUCCACCGAGACCAUGUAGACAAAGGAAGUCGCCAUGAGAUGGGAACAGUAAAACUGUUGUACAGUGCAAAGAACACCAGCGAGCUCCUGUUUAAGAAAGAUAUCCUCGACUUAGUGCAUGAAUUUCCUGAGAAGAUUACUUGCAGUUUUCAUGUUACAAAACAAACAGCACAAAUCAGUGCGGAACUGAAGCCUUACGUCACAGACGGAAGAAUAACGGAGAAGGAGAUAAGAGAUCACAUCUCAGCAGAGACUCUGUUCUAUGUCUGCGGCCCACCUCCAAUGACAGACUUUUUCUCUAAGCACCUGGAAAGCAGCCAUGUUCCCAAGGAACACAUCUGCUUUGAGAAGUGGUGGUAGGGAACGGGCACAGAAGACCUGAGAGCCACUUGGGACAGUGAGGCUCUCAAGUGUCCCGCCCAGCUACAGAGUCACACCAGAAAAUUCCGGCAAACUUCAUUGGUCACACUCUUUUUGACUAUAUUGAUUUUUCUUUUGUUUAUACCUAUGCAAUUAUCUUAUGAUAUUCCAUUAUUACAGAAUUUCUGACCCCUGGGAAAAGACCAUACUCAGUCCAAUUUCACUUAAAAGAUUUAUUGUUGAGCUGCUGGCACACUGGCAGUCUGAGGGCCAAAUUUCAGAUUGCCAUAAAGGAGGGUGUGGGGAAAGGUUUCCUAAAGGGAAGGCCCACAGUAUCUACGCAAGCAAGCCAAAGCUGGCCUGGUCUGCCAAGUUUAAGUGGUUAAAGCAACUGAAAACAGUCUCCGCAUAAGCAAGUUAUAGAAGUGAAAACGCAGUCUCCAAGCCAAGGAGGUGUCACAGCUGGAUGUUUCUGGGGUCCCCGAAUCAGGGUUGUUUUCUGGGAACCCCAUCUUUCUAGAAUUUUGAGUCUGUGGCAAGCAAUCAUUAGUACUAACAUGGAGGGAGACCUAGAAAAACAUGGAGUUUCUCUGGUUGGCCUCUACACCAUGAACUACUUAAUGCAGAGUUUUCUUUUACCUUUAGGGGACAAAUUGGUCUACUUACAUUAAUUAAAGAAAAUGUGGGUUUUGUGUGAACUGAAUACUUCUUUAAAUUAUUGGACAGAAAUUCAUAAAAUUUGUGUCUAGGGAAUUUAUAAUUUUAAAUACAGUCUUUAUUUUGAAGAGUC